AUGGAUGCUAGAGUAAAGGAACUGCUUAGUAAAUCGUGCGCUGCAGCUGCACCAUGGGAGGCGGCCGUGCAAGUCGCCUCUUCGCUCCUGCGAUCCAGCAGCGGCAGUCCCCAUGAAUUCUCUCUCAUUUACGCGGCGGUGGGGGAAUGCAUGCGCGUGUGUAUUCGACACCGCAAGGCGGCCGAUGCUCUAUGCGUGUACGAGUUGCUUAGCCGCUCAGGACACCUCGUGGGCGCGGAGCGUCACCCGCGACCGCGUUCGUCCUCUGGGGUUGCAGGCGUGGAGUCCUUGCAGAGUCUCUCUGUCGACGAGCUGGCUUUGGUGGCGCUGCAGCAGCAGCCUCAUCGUGCACACCAAAGCAGAAUUCUGGCGCAGAUGAUAGCGGCCGAAGGCGAGGACGUGGACUACGCCCGUAGCGUGGCGGCGGCGGUGCGCGGGCGAGCCGCGGCGCCCAACGCAUUGCCCUUUGACGGCGGUGCGUGGGCCUCCGUCAAGGUGAACGGCGGCUUUAAGGGGGCGUUGCACUUCCCGUUGCCGGGGCUGACGGAGCUGACGGAGGCCGAGCAGUUUCGCAUCCUGCUUCAACAGGGCAUGCAGCUCCUUCGCGAGACCCGGUACUCCCAGCAAAGGCUGGGGCUCUACUAUCUUUUUUCGCAGAUGCGCCGCGUUGUAGACGACAAACGCCUUUCCUCACAGGUUGAGGUGGCCCCGCUUCUGCGCAUCGGCCGCGCAGUGCUGGAUCACCCCUUUGUCUUUGCAAAGCCAUCCACCGAGGACGCUCGGCGGCAGCUGCUUUUCGAGGAUUUUGGUAGUCUGGCGCUUCUCAAGGGCCUGAGCGAGGUGCAGCGGGCGAAGUUGAUGGCGCUUGAGGCGACGGUGGAGCCUCUUCGGCCGCUGUGUAAGGAGCCGCUGAGGUUCAUGCAGUCGUUGGCCGCGUCGUGGGAUACGUUGCUCGUGCGGCGGGUGGCUCUCACUUUGGUGCUGCCGAGCGAAGCUCACGACGUUCUUCCACGCAGUAGGGCCCAGGCCCGUGUGAGUGGCCGUAGUAGUGGUGUCGCGCACUGUACUCGCGGCGGUGGCAGUAGUAGUGGUAGUUGUAGUGGUGGUGGCCGCUGGCGCGAGGAGCGGCGGCUAGAAGACGGGUUGACCGCAGCCGCGUGGACAGAGGCGUCCGGCGAGCUUUUUGGCGGGGCGGGGGUGCACGACGCGGCGGCGCGGGUGGAGCUGCUUCUCAACCGCCGCCUGCACCACAACAUCGUCGUCCCUGACACCGCCUUCCUCCUGCAAAACACGAAUCAGCUGUUGCAGCUUUCGCGGCAUCGGGAGGUGGUGGUGCCCCACUCCGUCUUCCUGGACUUGGUACACUCUGCGUUGGAUGAUGAGGGCCCGCGUCGCUUCCACUCCCGCCGUGUGUUGCUCUCGCUGAUGCAUGCAACCACCACAGCAGCAAGCAAGAAAACGUUGGGGGACCUCCACGCCGCACUGGACCCGUACGCUGUUCACACGAGGCGAAGUCAAGGCGGUGUGACACUUUUAGGACUUCAAGACGAGGUGUUUCUUCUUGAGGAUAGCCACGAGCGUUUUUUCUUGGCCGAGGAUGCCCUUGCCGGAGAAGAGCUGGCGGGGGAGCCCAACAUCGGUAGCUCCAGCCUCAUCAGUGUGCUGGUGGCGAAGCAGCUAGCAAAGCUGGUCUCUUCCACCUCCGGUUACGUGACGUGUAGGGGCGCCUUGGACAGUGCAAGCGAGGUUGACACUUUAGUGGCGGGCGUCCUUGCGUCCAUGAAGGAGGAGGCUGAGGCUAAGAGUGGCCACGCGGCCCGGACCAGCAUUCGUGGGAAACCGGCGCCUCUGUUCAAAUCCCGCUCACGCUCCUUUUGGGCUCGUACGCCUGUGGUGCUGGCGACCACGAGUGACGUCACCCGAAGAGUCGCUUUCAUGGUUGGCCUUUCGAUGUUUCCCGCGGUGGAUAUCGUGUAG